AGAAGAACUAUGGGCCGCCAGUCCGCGGGAGUCCAUCCUUCCUCCUUCCCCUAAAACCCUGAUCAGCCCCUUCCUGAAAGAAACCAACGAGCUUUCUCCCCUGAAACCCGCCGAGUUAACCCGCUCUGUUGCCUAACUCAGCUCCCGCUCGAUCCCCAACUCAAAAAAAAAAAAAUGCAAGUACUUUCGAACGCUCGCAAUUUCGCCAGGGUUUUAGGUUCCCGAACAAUUCUUCUCAAUUCUAAUCACCGGUUACUCUCUUCUUUGACUCGAAUCAACUCAUCUCCUCUCUCUUCCCUUCAAUGCCAUGUCCUCACCGAGGCUUCCUCAGGGUUGUGCCGAGGCAGUUAUUUUCCAAUGCCACAGCAUCUGGUUUAUUCGAUUAUACCAAGGACAUGUUUUUCCACCGAAGCAGGAACAGCGAAUAGCAAUCCAACCGAGGCUGUUAAGGAACUCUAUGAUAACAUGCUUCAAUCUGUAAAUGUUAAAAGAACGAUGCCUCCGAAUGCUUCUCUGUGGUCAAUGAUUGAAAACUGCAAAAAUCAUGAGGAUAUUAAGCUUCUGUUCGAUGUUCUGCAGCAUCUUCGAAGAUUUCGACUGUCAAACCUCCGAAUUCAUUCCAAUUUUAAUUGCAAUCUCUGCCAAGAAGUUACCAGGGCAUGUGCUCGUGUAGGGGCCAUUGAUUUUGGAAAGAAGGCUUUGUGGAAGCACAAUGUGUAUGGAUUGACUCCUAGUAUUGCAUCUGCUCAUCAUUUAUUGUUGAACGCUCAGGGUCAAAAUGAUGCUAAACUCAUGGUGGAGGUGAUGCAACUUUUGAAAAGGAAUAACUUACCGCUACAAGCUGGCACUGCAGAUAUCGUUUUCAGCAUUUGCUACAAUACAAAUAAUUGGGAGUUGAUCUCUGAGUACUCAAAAAAAUUUACUAAGGCUGGAGUAAAACUACGACGGACUACAUUUGACACAUGGAUGAAAUUUGCUGCCCAAAGAGGAGACACUGAGUCACUAUGGAAUAUUGAGUAUUUGAGAUCUGAGACAAUGAAGGAGCACACCCUUACCACUGGUUUUUCCUGUGCCAAGGGUUUACUACUAGAAGGGAAGCCAGAGGAUGCUGCAGCUCUUAUUCAAGUCCUUAAUCAGACUUUAUCUGAUGCAAAGAAGCCUGGUAUUGCUGUUGAAGUGGAGAAGCUGGUAAAUGAGUGGCCUUCGGAUGUUAUUAAGCAUCAAAAAGAGGAUGAUAGGAAGGCAUUGGCUGCUUCUUUGAAAUCAGAUAUUCCAGCCAUGGUUGCUAGUCUACUGAACACAGGCUUCGCAAUGAGCAUAAAUUUGGAAGAUCUAACCAAAAAAGAAAUCCCAUUGUAGAGCAAGGAACUUUGGACUUGAUGAACUGAAGCUACAUUGGCACUUCCUAUGAACAGAGCUGCAACUAUUUUUGACAUUUCCAGAAAUUAAGUGUUGCCACGAAGUGAACACUUCAUGAUCACUGGCUUCACAUUCCAAUGCCAGAGGUCUUGCCAGCAGCAUCUAGUUGUAACCAAAUUUUUGUCAAUUACUCUUGAGAUUCCAUUCAUAUGGGUUAAUCAAACUCUUAUUUGCUUAA